UUGAAGUUAUAUUCCGAAAAUCAUACCGAAGGCAAUUUUAUUCAUUUGCACACGGGAUAUAGCCACGCCCCCUGUAGCGGCCCUGCUGGCGCUGGGCACACAAGUUGCUUUCACUCCCAGCACGCCCACGCCUCCCGGGGCAGACGCCAGGCAGGUGAAUAACGCCCGCCGGGCCGUGAGGCAUAUUCUGCGCCGUGAGCCUUGCAGACCCUAGGGGGCAGCCCGCCGCGGCCAGGGCCAGUAUGGGAUGGGAGUGCAGCUUUAACAAGGCUCGUAAAUCGCGGCGUGACCCACAAACGUUCCUGCUGAGGGCUGUGCGGCGUGCGGCCAGGGAGUGAUCACACCUGUGCUGCAUAUGGGACCCCACCAGCUGACCGCCCUCCCCUGUGGCCCUCGCAUGCAAACCCCCGGGUGCAGGGACCGCCAGGGCGGCUUCUUGCUGCCUCGUGCAGGGCCGCCGACUGGUGCUGGCGUGGUCCACCUGUCGCUGUCACGCACGGAGUGACGCAGCACGCCCGACAGGUGGACGCGGUGACUGCCUGCAGGUGCCCCGGGCCCCGAGGGAGGGAGCCAGUCUCUCGCCACAGGCCCAGCGGGUGAGGGGCUUCGGUGACGGCCUGUGUGUGUGUGUGUGUGUGUCGGUGUGUGCGGCGUGGCGUCCCCCCCGCCCUGAGGGGCUGCCUCGCGUGUUUCCUAGGCUUCUCGGCUCUGUGUGCAGUGUGUGUCAGUGUCAGUCUUCGCGCGGCCAGCCGGUGUGAUGGGUGUGUACCGAUACCUCUCCAGGGCUCGCCUCCUCUCCCUGCCGCGCCAGGCCCUGCCCCUGCCGCAGUCCGCCGCCAGGGCCUGCAGCACGGGGGUCAUCAGGUCACCCUUCCCGGACGUCACCAUCCCGGAGAUCUCCAUCACCAAGUACUUGUUCGACACCCAGGAGCAGUACGCGGCCAAGCCAGCCCUGGUCAAUGGCAUCACCGGACACACUAUUACCCACGGGGAGUUUCGAGACCAGUGCCUCCGCCUGGGCAGCGCGUUAACCCGGCUGGACGUGGCAAAAGGGGAUGUGGUGGGCCUCAUCUCCCCUAACUGCCCGGAGUUCGCGAUCACCAUGUACGGCGUGGCCUCCAUCGGCGCCAUCACCACCACCGUCAGCAGCGCCUAUCUAGCAGACGGGAUCGCCACCCAGCUCUCCUGCAGCGGGGCAACAGUGGUGGUGACCCAUAAGGGGGUGCUGCCGGAGGUGCUGAAGGCGUGCCGGGCGUGUGAGGACAUGCGGCACAUCAUCGUCAUCGGGGCGGGGCCGGAGGAGGUGCAGCAGGGACUUCUCGCCUUCCAUGACCUGGUGAAGGAUGACGGCAAGGCUUUCCCACACUCUCUCCAGAUCAACCCUCGGGAGGACGUGGUGGUGCUGCCCUACUCCUCGGGGACCACUGGCCUGCCCAAGGGGGUCAUGCUCACACACUACAACCUCGUGGCCAACAUGCACCAGCUCCAGCAUGACGAUAUCUCCACACUCAGGGACAACAGAGGCGAGCAUCAAGAGGUGUUCCUGGGCAUCCUCCCCUACUUCCACAUCUACGGCAUGGUGCCCUGCAUGGGGAUCUCCCUCGUGACGGGCUCCAAGACGGUCACGCUGCCAUUCCUCAAGGCGGAGCUCUUCAUCAACACUGUGGAAAAGUACAAGAUCACCUACCUCCACACCGUGCCUCCCAUCCUGGACUUCCUUGCCAGCAGUGACUUGGUGAAACCCGAGCUCCUGAAGCAGACCCACACAGUGAUGUGCGGCGCCGCGCCCAUCGGCCCCACACUCAUCACGGAGCUGCUCAACAAGUUUGGGGACAAAAUAUACUUCCAGGAAGGCUACGGCAUGACUGAAGCAUCGCCAGUGACCCACGUGACCCCGAGAAGCAAAUUCGUGAAGGGGUCAACUGGUGUGGCCAUACCAAACACCCUCACCAAGAUCGUCGACCUGUCCACCGGGAAGACACUCCUACCCAACGGGGGGGAGGGGGAGCUCUGCGUGAAGGGCCCCCAGGUCAUGAAGGGCUACUACAAGAACGAGGAAGCUACACGGGAGACCAUUGACCCUGAUGGAUGGCUGCAUACGGGGGAUAUUGCACGAAUGGACGCGGAGCAGAAUGUGUUUAUUGUUGACCGUCUGAAGGAGCUGAUCAAAGUGAAGGGCUUACAGGUCGCCCCGGCAGAGCUUGAAGACCUGAUCCGCCAGCUGCCAGAUGUCGCGGACGUGGCUGUGGUUGGGAUGCCAGUGGACAGCGCGGCAGGAGAGGCACCAAGGGCUUUCGUUGUGGUUCCGCCGGGCAGCCCACUAACCCUAAAGGCCAUUCAGGACUUCGUGGAGAGCAAGGUUCCCGCACAUAAGAAGUUGUCGGGAGGUCUUGAGUUCGUUGACGCUAUUCCCCGAUCCCCUGCCGGCAAGAUCCUGAGACGAGAGCUGAAGGCCAGGGCUCUCGAUAGGAUGACGCAGUGAACGCCCCAAGCCACAGGACAGCUAGUGAGUACCUUAUUCCUAGGACAGCCAGCGGAAAGGGUUCUCAUCUCCGCCGCGCACUCCUAGGAAAAAUAGUUAGUUCAUAUGUUAUCGCUGCCACACAAUGCAAUCUUGAAUAGUUCCCGUUGCCCAUGCCAGGAUGAGGCGAUGAUGAGCGUAAUGGUUAGGAUGACCUGUGAAUACCUCUUUGCCAUGCUCUCCCAGGAUAGCAAGUGAGUAAAUCGUGUUACCAGGAAAUUUGUCAGUCAUGAUUGUGUGCGAAUUUAAGCAUAUGUGUUAUUUAGAUGUGUAGAAAUGUAGGAACUGGACUUGAUUGGGAAUUAAGAAUAGGAUUAAGAAUAGAAGAGAAGGUUUAUAAAGUAUAGAGAAUGGAGGGUUACAUUAUGAAGACUAGAAGAGAAAGGAGAAGGUCAAAAUAGGGAGAAUGGAAAGUUACAGUAUGAAAGUAAAGGUCAGGUCAAGAACUUAGAGGUCAAAUUCAUAUACCCAUAGAGAGAAUGGAAAGUUACAGUAUAAGGAGUAAAGGUCAGGUCAAGAACUUAGAGGUCAAAUUCAUAUACCCAUAGAGAGAAUGGAAAGUUACAGUAUAAGGAGUAAAAGUCAGGUCAAGAACUUAGAGGUCAAAUUCACAUACUACCCACACAAUGCAAUUUUCUAUAUCGUACAUAAUCAAACAAUGACCCACCAGCCCCACAGGUUAUGUUACUCCAAGAGGGUGGUUGGCGAGGAGGUCAGGUCAAGUACACAGGCUUCAUCUCUAGGCCUUAGGCACUCAGAAGGUUAAUUGCCAGGCUCGUCCGAGGGCAUCAGACGCACAAUGCAACUAAUAAUUUAAGGCUGAGGAGAUAGUGACUCACGCUACACGCCUGUCUUGUAGUGCUGGGCUUAGGGAAGGUUCACCAAGCUCCUCCAAAUGUAAUAGCUCGCCACAUACAUUAAAAGAAGACUCAAUGGUUCUUUCAUAAGGUGAUGUCUCUAUAUCAACUGUCUAUCUCAACCAUUAUUCUGUUUCUGUUGUUGUUUCUUCCGAAUGUAAUAGCUCGCCACACACAUUAAAAGAAGACUCAGUGGUUCUUUCAUAAGGUGAUGUCUCUAUAUCAACUGUCUAUCUCAACCAUUAAUCUGUUUCUGUUAUUGUUUCUUCCGAAUGUAAUAGCUCGCCACACAUUAAAAGAAGACUCAAUGGUUCUUUCAUAAGGUGACAUCUCUUUUUAUCAGCUGUUAUCUGCUUCGUAACUUUCUCCUUUUAUCUCAACUGUUAUUUUGUUAUUGUGUUUUCUAAUUGUAACAGCUCACCACACACGGUAAAAGAAGACUCAAUGGUUCUUUCAUAUGGUGACAUCUCUUUGUAUCAGGUGUUAUCCGCCCUCGUAACUUCCUCCUUCUAUCUCAAUUGUUAUUUUGUUAUUGUCUUUCCUAAUUGUAACAGCUCACCCCACAUUAAAAAGAAGACUCAAUAGUUCUUUCAUAAGGUGACGUUUCUAUACAAGCAGUUAUCCUCCCUCGUAUUUUCCUCCUUCUAUCUCAAUUGUUAUUUUGUUACUGUCUUUCCUAAUUGUAACAGCUCACCACACAUGGUAAAAGAAGGCUCAGUAGUUCUUUCAUAAGGUGACAUCUCUAUACCAGCUGUUAUCUACCAUUGCAUCUUCCUCCCUCUGUCUCACCCGUUAGUCUGUGCACAGCAAUGGCUCAGCACAAACAUUCAUACUUGAUAAGGUAGAUUUAGUAUUUUUAUAUAUUGCGAGUUAUUCCACCUCAAGGGAAUAGGGAGAACAGAAGGUUACUGUAUAGAGAAUAGAUGGGGGAAUGGAAGGUUAGAUGGUUACAGGAUAGGCAAUGUAAGGGAGAAUCAGUUACAACAUAGAUGAUAGAAAGAUCUUUUGGAGGUGUUCAUAUAAAUAAAUACAGGUGCUCAAGAUUACUAAGGUGUGUUCUUCCGUUCAUAAACACCAGGACAGUUACCUUUUAUACUCAGCUUGAAAUCGUAUCUCAUUUUGAAGUUUCAUCAGGGCCAUAUCAUUAACGUGGUAGCAGCGGGGAUCAUGUUUCUUAAUGGUCCCUCUAAGCGAGAAAAAUUAGAAAAAAUCAUCACUUACACAAACCAUUUCAUAAUAUAUAUCAAAGCACUUGUGAUCAGUUUAUGCAUCAUCUAUUUUGGGGGGUUUAUAUCAUGGCACAAAUUUGGCCCGUCGCUGCUACAUGGUAAAGCCACAAAUUUGGCCCGUCACUGCUACAUGGUAAAGCCACAAAUUUGGCCCGUCUCUGCUACACGGUAAAGCCACAAAUUUGGCCCGUCACUGCUACACGGUAAAGCCACAAAUUUGGCCCGUCGCUGCUACUGGGUUAAACAUUUCAAAGUGCAAGCUCACACAUUUGACAUGGCUUUCACAGGAGUCAUGGGUCUUUCCAGGGGUAGUUUUCUGACCCUGGUGGGAGUGUGACAAGGCUUCUGUACCACGAACUCAGAAAAACACUCUUGAAGAUACAGUUGACCUCUCAUUUGGCCUUUAGAAAUAGUGUGAGAGUUUGGUACCGUCACAGAAUGUCAACCUUACCACCUUUGAUCUAGCUUGUAAGAAAUUGUUUUAAAAUGUAUAAUAUCUGAAUGAGUAUAAAUGGUGACUGUCGUGUUGGUGUGUGCAAAUAAACCAACUAAAUCGUAAAGGUUGCCAUCAGUAAUAUAUCAGUUCCAUGUAUCUGAAUUAUGACCCGUUGUAUCAAGAGUAUUUUCACUACAGUAUAAUAUUGUAUCAUACCGUCUAGGGCAAGGUAAAUUAUAUAUAUAUAUUUGUAUAGCAUUUCUAUUGAUUUUAUAGCAAACUUAACGUACGUGGAUGUGUUGUAAGCUGUCGGCAAUGGGGUGUGUUGUACAGAAUCUUGGUAAAUUGAGGAAUAUUUAGAUGGAAGGCGUUGUUUUAUAAGAGAAAGAAAGGUGGUGCGUGUUGUAAGUAGUUGGCAAAGGCGUGUGUUGUACAAAAUCUUGAUGAAUUAUGGAGAAAUAUUUAGAGUGGAUGUGUUGUUUUAUAUAAGAGGAAGGUGGUAUUAAACUGGUAUUGUUAGCAGUUGGUAAAAAGGUGUGUGAUGUACAGAAUCUUGGUAAAUAAUUGAGGAAUAUUUAGAGUGGAUAUGUUUAGUUUUAUAUACGUAAGAGGAAGAUGGUAUUGAACUGAUGUUGUAAGCAAUUGGUAAAGGGCAUGUGUUGUGCAGAAUCUUGGUAAACUACAGAGAAGUAUUUAGAUGGAAUGUUUUGAUUUAUAUAUGCAAGAGGAAGAUGGUAUUGAACUGAUGUUGUGAGCAGUUGUUAAAAGCAUGUGCUGUACAAAAUCUUAAUAAAAUGAGGAGAAAUAUUUAGAUAGAAUGUCUAUAUUGUUUUAUAAGAGAAAGGUGAUCAUAAACUGGUAUUAGUAAAGGUCAGAAAUGGUAUGUUCUGUGCAAAAUCAACAAAUAGAGGAGAAAUAUAUAGAUGGAAUGUGUUGUUUUAUAAGAGAAAGGUGUGCUGUGUCUUAAAGCAAUGAUGGAACUUUGUACAAAAAUAAUCUCGUUAUGGUCAGUUUGGGUUGAGGAAGAAUAUUAAGACGGACUGUACGAGUUGUUAUGUAAGAGAAAGGUGGAAAUAAACUGCUUAGCCUGACAAGAAACCAAGUGCUGUGUCUUAAAAUUAGUGAUGGAACAGUGUACAAAAAUAAUCUCGCUAUGGUCAGUUUGGGUUGAGGAAGAAUAUUAAGACGGAAUGUACGAGUUGUUAUGUAAGAGAAAGGUGGAAAUAAACUGCUUAUCCUGACAGAAUCCAA